CGCGGUAACUGCGGACCUGUACAUCAUCUGACGAGUCAAGGGAAAUAACCGAAAAUACCACCCGCCGGCCGUACCCGAUAGCGAACCCGAUGGUCCGAACGCUCUGGUCAUCAUCCAGUUAGACAUUGCUCUCUACGGCGUCCCGUGACAAGCACCACGACGACUGCAAGACAACACUCCGUAAGGACCCCGCGCACCGGCGGGGCAGAGAUAUGCAGUCAGGCCAGGCCAAAUGGACCGCAAACAGCAUGAUCGCUGGUGCCGGUGGUGGUCUCAUUGCGAGCGUUGCUACAUGUCCACUAGACGUUGUCAAGACCAAGUUGCAGGCGCAGAGAGCGGUGCAGGGGCAGGCGUCCUAUCAGGGCAUAUUCGCGACGGUCAGAACUAUAUGGCUUCAUGAUGGCUUCCGUGGAUUCUAUCGAGGGCUUGGUCCGACAAUACUGGGUUAUCUCCCAACUUGGGCUAUCUACUUUGCGGUUUACGAUGGAAUCAAGAGUGCAUUUGGGGAGGCGCCUUUGGGGGUUCCAGCCCAGUCUCAUGAGCGGCUUUAUCCUGCAGCUCAGCCCAAAGGAUACCAGCCUGUGAUGCGCGAACAUUCGUGGUCAUUGCACAUCCUGUCGGCCAUGUGUGCUGGCGCAACGAGCACCAUUUGUACGAAUCCUUUGUGGGUCAUCAAAACGCGAUUCAUGACUCAGUCUCGUGACGAAGUCAGGUAUCGACAUACAGUCGAUGCUGCACUUACGAUUUAUCGGACAGAAGGACUACGAGCAUUCUAUCGUGGCCUUCUUCCCAGUCUUCUCGGGAUAGCACACGUCGCCGUGCAGUUUCCGCUAUAUGAGCAACUGAAAGUUUGGGCUCAACAAGAAGCGGAGGAACCGUUGUCGGGCCGAGUGAUAUUGCUCUGUUCCGCGGCUGCCAAAAUGACUGCAUCCGUUGCGACCUAUCCUCACGAGGUUGUGCGAACUCGACUGCAGACUCAACGGCGGCCUUUGGCGGACGACUUCUCAUCUGAUGGAAUGAUUAAGAAAUACCCCAGAGGCGGGAUUAUCUAUAUGACCCAGAAACUUAUUCGGAAGGAGGGUUGGACUGCCCUGUAUAGAGGACUUUCUAUCAACCUCCUCCGCACUGUCCCAAACAGUGCUGUUACUAUGUUGACGUAUGAGCUUUUGAUGAGACAAUUGUCAAAACGGACGCCCUGACGUAGCUUUGUCGUUGAUUAGUAGACCGGUAACAGAUCCUUCUAUGGACGACAGAUUGCUUCAUAUACAGGGUGGUUACGAGAGUUGGUUAGAUUGAGUGGCUCAUAUCAGUCUGGGACUGUGAAUAUUUUUACAGUCCAUUCGACUUGCAUUGAUUAUGUAUUUUAGUACAAUACCUGCGCGUCCCGCGCUUUUCCUCAUUUCAGCUCUGUGCAGCUCUACUCGAUACAUUGAUACAAUACAAUAA